UUGUACAUCUCAACUUCUCCAAGUCUUAUCCUCUCCUUCCCCCAAAAACCUCGUCUUCACCGCCCUCACCCCGGCUCUCCGCUCACAUCCGCCUUCCGCUCUACCUUUUGGCAUUUCGAUCAUCCCGCUGCGCACUCCGGAUCCCACACUGCACCUCUAAUCACUUCAGCUGUCAUUCAUAACUGCACAACACAUAUUUAUCAUACCAUUAGUGCUCUACCACAUUGCCACUCUAUCAAUAACGACUGAACGACAAUCUAGAACAUACCGAUCCGAUCGAAACGAUACUCCACGCGCAACCUUGACGGUGUAAUUGCGUCUCCUUUUACGUCCCAUAGACCUCUCUUAUACUUGCGAACCAAAUCAUUAUACCACAUCACUCAAAAUCUAAUCUACAAUAUUCACUGCAAUAUCAACCAUGCAGGGAUACAGCAACGGCUACUCGACUCUUCCGCCGUCUCUUAACCCUAAUCCUGUGAUUGGGCAAUACGCUCCGUCUCAGCAAGUGCAGCUUUCCGGUCAGCCUCGUCUUGGUUCGGUCCCUUCUUCUCAAUCAAAUGAAACUAUCAAGGUCCAGCCAUUGUUGUGCUCUGGCCACACUAGGCCUGUAACACAUCUCCAAUUCUCAAACGUGCUUGACGACGGAACAUAUCUCUUGAUCUCAGCGUGUAAGGAUGGAAAUCCCAUGCUCCGGAGCUGGCUCGGAGACUGGAUCGGUACUUUCAUCGGACACAAGGGUGCUGUGUGGUCUUCCAAAAUUUCACUCGAUACUUCUCGAGCUGUUACCGGUAGUGCGGAUUUCACUGCGAAGAUCUGGGAUACCUACAGUGGCGAAGCCCUUCACACUUUUUCUCACAACCACAUUGUCCGCUCUGUCGCCUUGAACCCUCAACAAACCCCCCAAUACCUCCUUACUGGUGGACACGAGAAGAAAAUCCGUCUCUUUGACCUUGGCCGACCUGACGCCGAACCUCUUGUCCUCGGCACCAACCCCGAUGGCUUGUCUUGCGAAGGCAUCAUUAAGAGUCUCGUUUGGGAUGAAGGUCAAAACGGAACCAUGGGUGUCAGCGCUGCCGAAGAUGGCAAAGUUCGAUGGUGGGACCUCCGAACACUGAGCCAAAUCGCCUCUCUCGACCUUGGUGAACCCAUCUCUAGCAUGGAACUCGCCCAUGGCGGCGGCACCCUCAGCGUCACAGCAGGCAAGAAUGUUCACUUCCUCGACAUUCUCCGUCAACACCCUCCAGUUACCAUCCCUCUUCCGCACCCCGUCACAUCCGCUUCUCUCCACCCUUAUCUACGUGACAGAUUCGUUGCGGGUAGUACGUCUGACCCUUGGGUCCGAGUUUACGACCUUGAUUCUGGCAAGGAGCGAGAAGUGUACAAGGGUCAUCAUGGACCCGUGCUAUGUGCAAGCUACAGUCCUGAUGGUGAGGUUUACGCGAGUGGUAGUGAGGAUGGCACUAUUAGGCUUUGGCAGACGAACCCUGGAAAAGCUUAUGGGUUGUGGCAAACUUCAGACUAAGGUCUUAUUGAUAGUAACUUGAGGAUGGAUGCAGAGACAAGAAAAGAUGGAGAACAGCAGAAGACGUAGCCUGUAAACUGUGUCACGUAUGAGAUAGACAAGCUGUAAAGGGAUCUGGGACGCGAGGCACUCAUGCCGUUGUCAUUCAUCGCCUGAGGAUGAAACAAGACUGGGAAUGGGAUGGAGACCCAACUAAUAUUGAACGACAUUGAAUUCAGUAUCGUUAUGCUUAUAAACAAUCCUAUACAGCAUAUCCUCUUCCGCAAGAGCUUCAUUAUACUAUCACUUCAACGAUACUUUUCUUCGACAAUUGUGAUUGUAACUGCCGUUUCGAACUGAAGCAUCUUUCUCCCCACCAGCAUCCUCCAUAUUUUAGGAUGACGCCCUCCUUGAUUGCCUUUAAGGAGCUAUCGAUUAUGUUCUUCGAUGUGUAAAGUAGUUGCAAUAAUCUUACACAGCUCAGCAUCAUCAUAUAGGGUGUUUUAAUGACCUGUUGAUUGUACAUAUACUCACGACACCAAUGUUAUACUUUUCUUGGACCCUUCAGCUCCUUGCUUUCGUUUCCACGGAAGGUCCGUUAGCGCUCUUUGAAGGAGUAUGUUUUGCUA